AUGAUAGAGAUGGACUCGUUGUGUCAUAUUAAGAAAAAUAAAAAAAAAGAACAUCUUGAGUCGGCCCCGCGAGGUAGCCCAGAUGCCCCUGAAAACCGGUGGCAUGCUAGCGGUGCUGAACUGACUUGGGUGAUGCGCUACCUUCGGGUGGCUCGCUGUCUGGGGACGAUAUUUUUCCUGGCACCAGGAAUCAAAAAGGCUACGUUAGUACACGUCGAUCAAGUUUGGUGGUUUGCCCCCACAAGGCUAAUCACUUCUCGAGGUCUGACCCACCAGGGUGAUAUCAUGAUAGCACUAACUUAG